UAUUAUUGCCAGGGGGGAGGUUGUAUGUUUUUUUUUUUUUUGUGGGUGGGGUUUUUUUUGGUGUUUUGGGGAGAGGUGUUUCCUGGGAAAAUUGUUACUGGCAGAUGCAGGGUUUUUUUUGAAAGGGAAGUCUGAUCUGAAGAAUAUUACAAAGCUCUUGUUUCUUUUUUCUGCAGACUCUAGUUGCAGCAAAUCUAGAUAGUUUGACAUGGGGAUAGUGAAUUAUCUGCCUACAAGCUUGUAAGGGUGAAAGUAGUGACUGGACAGUUGCAUAAUGAAGCCCAAGGCAUUAAGAUGGGUACUGUUCUGUAGGAAGCUGGUGGGAUGAGGAACUGAGUUUACACUGAGUCUCAUCUGUGGCCCUUAAAUGACUAAGGAUCUUUAGAACAGAAAGAUAAGAAAGUGCUGAGGAUCCAAAGUGCAAUUUUAGUCUUUUCUCUCCUACACAAUAUUUAGUUUCUGUGGUAAUAACACAGCUAAGAUGAGAAUGUAUAGGUUGCUUUAAGACUGGUAUAAAAUUGAGGUAUUUUAGUACUUUGGGGUUAUAGAGUUUUCUGGUUUCUUACGUUAAAGAUGGCAUAUGAAGAGUGUUGAAAACUUUUGUCAUAUGUAUUGCAGAAUGGAUAUAAGUAGUUUUUGAAUUACAAUUGGGUUGGUCUAUGUGUAGACUAUUAUACAGCCUGCUAAUUGUUUAAUUAUAGUGGUAAGUAGAGAAGAAAAAUUCUUUUAAAAUCUCUCUUUGUGAUUCCUUGAAGCUCUGAAUCCCUUAAUCCCUGCCUGUAGUUUUACUGAUACAAAUAUUACUGGGAACUUUUUCAGCAUUGUCCUUAAGUCCUUAAACUUUUGCUGGUUAUUGUGAUUCUCUUAGUCUCCUUUAGAGGCAUUGUAGGAGUUGUAACUAGGUGAAGUGUGUUGCAUUAGAAGAGAAGAUGUAGUUGCUUACCAGUGACAGUGUGCAACUGCUAUCAGGUAAUCUCUCUUCUGCUGCAGUUUACAUCCACAGUUACUUGGCUGAGGAAGUUUGAAAUCUCUAAGAAUUUACGUGGUCCCCUCUGUCACUUCACUUUUCAAGUUGUGUAUUUGUGAAUACAGCCCAUAAGGGUCUUAAACAGAUACUUUCAAAAGGACUUAGCCUGUGUGAAAUUAUGUAAUAUUUGCUUUUGUCAAUUUUAUAUAGAUAUGGUGUCAUAGCUGAUAUUAUUAAAGACUCUAUGGGUGGUAUUGUAAGAUGCUUCAGUUGAAUAGCUAAGAACACUAAGCUAAUUUCUACAUUGUAUGAGAGCGAUUGUGUCCGUGGUAUUUUUGGCCCCUCCCAACACUUCUAGAUUGUGCAGGAUCUGGGGGUGGGAUGGGGGGCUGCUUUUGUUCAAGUUUUUAGAGUUCUUGUUCAAAAAUUGAUCUUUCAGAUGCAAAAAGCAUGGACAAUGCAGUAUCCUUAUGAAGGAGUGUCUGAGGAGGGUGAAUUCUUUGUUGUUUUAUUGGAGGGUGUUUUCUAAAUCUGAUGUGACUUUGAAUGUUUUUCUUUAUUACUGAUCAUUUUCACUAGGGAGAGAAAUACAGAUAGUUCUCAGAGAAAUUGGCAAUUUUUGCAAGGGGUGAGUUAUAAAGAGAAGAAUUUAAGAGGCUGUCAGACAUUGAAGAAUACAAAGAGGCGAGGUGAUAAAAAAAUCAUGUUAGUGGUUAUAAGAAACAUUUUUCUUUAUUGCAAACAGUGGAUUUCAAAUGUUAAACCACCGAAUUUGGUAAUAUUUAAAGGCAUGCACAUCAUUUAUUUCAGUGAAGUCCUGUAGUUGGCUCAGUACAUAGCCAUCUUCAUAAGGGAUAUGUGGUCUGCCAUUCACAACCAAGCUUUGAAUUUGGCCUUCAUUGUUAAAGUUUGGCAGGCCUAUCGUCGUAGUAAGUGAGUCCUCAUUCUCCAUGAGUCCUUUAUCCUUUUUAUUGAGGUAAAGUGGAAUGGUAGUGUGGUUGCAAUAGCUGUUAGUAAGAAGCCGCUUAGGUUCCAUUUCUGGUGAAUUUCAUGUCUUGAAUUAUGAAGAGAGCAUCCUUUGAAAAAGAACUCCAGCCCAAGGUAGUGAAGAAUUUUAACUGCAAAAGAAACUGCAAAUCUGGGCAUAGGUAGAGUAAGAAAGAGAAAAAAUUGUGGGCACAGUCAGGAGGAGAAAUCAUGCAAAUAAACAUGAAAUGUAACACCUGUGGGAGAGGAACUUUGUAUGCAUUUUUUCAUUAAGUAUUUUGUAAAGUUACAAAUGUAUAUAGCAUACUGUUCUGUAGGGGUUUUUAUAGCUAAGCUCCCUAGAAAUGCUGUACACUAUAAAAUGUGAGGAAAUCCUAACCUGCUCUUUGUUUGCUUGUUUUCCUAGUUUUUCUCUUGUGUGCCUUACCAUGCAAGAAAAAAACCCCUCCUGUUUUUACUUCUAUUGGAUUGCUUUAACUGUACGGUUCUACAUCUUAGUUUGUAUGGAUUAUGUAAGGAAAACAGGAUAACAAUGAGGAAGAAAAAGUAGGAAGAAUAAUAAUUUAUAUUACUUAUACCAUUGUGCGUGUAUUAUGCGAGUAAGUAUGUGCAUAGAUAGGUUUUGACUGGAAAUCUUUGGCAUUUUGUUGAAUUGAGUGUUUUAGUAAUCUGUAGGAGUAAAAUUUGGGAUAUUUAAUACUGAGAAGCACAUAGUUAUUAUUUUAGUGGGGGGAAUCACUGAUAUCAACACUUCAAUAUAUUUGUGCUAAUUAGUUUUUAGUGUAUCUAUGUAUCUUAUGAAAAAAAUCUCAGAGGGGAGGAGGGUAGCUUUGCAAAUACAGUAAAACACUGAGAACUCAGUAAGCUUAUUGUUAGAACAUAGACACUUAUACAGUUUUAAAGAUAUUUUUUUUAAAGUUGUUUUAUAAAAUAGUUUCUUGCACUUUACCUGCUGGCUUUUCAAUUUGGUAGAUAACAUCUGAACUCCAGCAGAGUUUUAUAAUCCCCACGUGCUUAAAUAUACUAAAUGUUCUUUUUCCAUUAAGGUUAAUGUUCGUGAAGAAAUUGAAGAGUUUUUUCCAAGAAUGUGGAAGAUAAAUCAAGAUAAAAGAAGGCUAAUGAAAAGUAUUAAAGAUCAGAAAAUUAAAAUUGAAUGGGGGAAAAAAUUGAACAGAAGAUUGGUCAGAUAGAAGCACUUGAAUUUUUUUUAAGGCUAUAAUGAAUUGUUUGAAUUGGGGAAGAAUACACGAAGUAUGAAAAAUGAAAAACUCAAUGAAGAAUGAAGAAAAGUAGAAAGCAAGAGUGAAGUAGAAUUAAAAGAAUCUGGAAGAAUGAAUGGGUCCUAGGUUAAGUAAAUGAGUCUCGCUCCCAGUCAAAGUCUCCAGCUGGGAGUCCUGCUCGUGUAAAAUCAGAGAGCAGGUCAGGAUCUCGCAGUCCAUCGAGGGCUUCCAAACAUUCUGAAUCUCACUCUAGGUCAAGAUCAAAAUCAAGAUCCAGGUCCAGAAGACAUUCGCACAGACGUUACACUCGUUCCAGAUCCCAUUCUCAUUCCCAUAGGAGACGUUCUCGAAGCAGAUCAUACACACCAGAAUACCGUCGUCGCAGGAGCCGUAGUCAUUCUCCAAUGUCCAACAGAAGAAGGCACACUGGCAGCAGAGCUAAUCCAGAUCCUAAUACCUGUCUUGGAGUGUUUGGUCUCAGUUUGUACACUACUGAGAGAGAUUUACGUGAAGUCUUCUCCCGUUAUGGACCUUUGACUGGUGUCAAUGUGGUUUAUGAUCAACGCACUGGACGAUCAAGAGGAUUUGCUUUUGUUUAUUUUGAAAGAAUUGAUGACUCUAAAGAGGCGAUGGAGCAUGCAAAUGGAAUGGAGCUGGAUGGCAGGAGGAUUCGAGUGGAUUAUUCAAUCACCAAAAGAGCACAUACACCCACCCCAGGCAUCUACAUGGGCAGGCCAACACACAGUGGAGGAGGUGGUGGCGGUGGAGCAGGUCGUCGCCGGGACUCAUAUUAUGAUAGGGGGUAUGACAGAGGAUAUGACAGAUACGAAGAAUAUGACUACAGAUACAGGAGACGAUCACCAUCGCCUUAUUAUAGUCGAUACCGAUCGCGAUCAAGAUCCCGUUCCUAUAGUCCAAGACGCUACUGAAGAUCAGAAGAGUUACAGUUGAGGACUUGAUUUUUGAAUACAAAGUUCAGAACUUUAGCAUCCCUACUGCUUUCCCUUCCAACUUCCCUUUCUUGUCCUCCUUCCAGCUCUUUCACACAUCUUUGGUUCAUUUAGAAUAUACAUAUUUUCAGUUGAAGUAUUCCUAUUUUCCAUCCCUUCUUAUUGUAAUACUCUUAAAUAUUGUAAUUGUUGUAGUUUUUGUGUAGUAAGACAUCUUGAAAAAAAUAGAGAGCCCCAAAGUGCUGAUACAUUUUGGAAGUCAUUCCUAUUUUAUUUCUAAAACAGUUGGACUCCUGACUAAUCAGAAGAGAGCAUUGAUAUUUUUAAAGCUUGCAUGUCAUAUGUAGUAUACACACUCGGAUAUUUUAACAUGAAUUUGCAUUUCCAAGUAGCUUGUUAAUCUUUCUGUUAAAAUGUUUACCUAUUACUUUGAUAAACAUGUAAUGACUUUGAGUCUUUUCUGUAAUGAUGAAUUUGCUUAGCUAGUCAUGAACCAGAGAAUUUUUUUUUUUUUUUUUUGUCAAGUAGUUGCUUUGAAAGUAGACUAUUUGGGCUAGAUCAGAGUUUGGUAUUUGACUGACUGGGAGAAUAGAUCCUUGUACACUCAAAAUUAAGGCUGUGUGUUUUAUAGAAAAAUGUUUCUGGAUUGCUACACAGUGGAUAACAGUUGAAAUUAAAAUUGUUAAAUUCCUGGGGUCUUUGUGGUACUUCAUUGAUUAUUUCCCCUUAAUUGGUGCAGGAGAAAAAAAUAUUUAUUGAACAUAGCAAUUAGUUAUAUAAUUUGCUGUUCAUGAAAGAAAAAAAAUGGCCAACUUUUUGGUAUUGAAAUAAUGAUGGAGCAAGUUUUGUUUCCAGUCCUUUUUGAACUUUUGGAAGUAUGAAUGAAAAAACCUACAGCUACAUGUAAACCUUUUUUCCCCCCUCAAUAAAAGUUAAGUCCACUGA